CGAAAUCUGAAUCAGAAGAGAAAACGAUGACGAGAACUGUUCUACUGAGAGCUCUGACGAAGAACAAGUUCGUCGCCUCUAAUGCUCCUCGAUCUAUCUCCAUCUCCAUCUCUCGAUGCAUUAGCACUCUGGUUCUAGCAGAACAUGAGAGUGGUUCUAUCAAACCUCAGACAGUGAGUACAGUAGUUGCAGCUAAUUCUUUAGGUGAGAAUUCUUCAAUUUCUUUGUUAUUGGCUGGUUCUGGUUCUUCUCUUCAAGAAGCUGCUGUUCAAGCUGCCUCUUGUCAUCCUUCUGUUUACGAGGUACUUGUUGCUGAUUCUGAUAAAUUUGAGUACCCUUUAGCUGAGCCAUGGGCUAAAUUGGUUGACUUUGUUCGGCAACAAGGAGAUUACACUCACAUUCUUGCUUCCUCGAGUUCAUUUGGCAAGAAUUUAUUACCCCGUGUCGCUGCUCUUUUAGAUGUUUCUCCUAUUACUGAUGUUGUCAAAAUCUUAGGAUCUAACCAGUUUAUCAGGCCUAUAUAUGCGGGAAACGCUUUGUGUACAGUUCGUUAUACUGGUGCUGGUCCUUGUAUGUUGACUAUUAGAUCGACAUCUUUUCCUGUCACCCCAAUUACAGAAAACUCCGAAUCAAAGAAAGCUACUAUUUCUCAGAUUGAUCUCUCAAACUUCAAAGAAGACUCUGUCAGCAAAUCUAGAUAUGUGGGACGUUCAACUCAGGAUACAGAACGGCCUGAUCUUGGAAGUGCACGCGUUGUGAUCACUGGUGGAAGGGCGUUGAAGAGUGUUGAGAAUUUUAAAAUGAUCGAAAAGCUUGCAGAAAAACUUGGUGGAGCAGUUGGCGCUACUCGUGCUGCUGUUGAUGCUGGAUAUGUUCCUAAUGAUCUUCAGGUGGGACAAACGGGUAAAAUAGUAGCACCAGAGCUAUACAUGGCUUUUGGUGUUUCAGGAGCCAUUCAACAUUUAGCUGGAAUUAAGGAUUCUAAGGUGAUUGUUGCAGUUAAUAAAGACGCCGAUGCACCAAUUUUCCAGAUAGCUGAUUAUGGACUUGUUGGAGAUCUUUUCGAGGUGAUACCCGAGUUGCUGGAGAAGCUUCCAGAAAAGAAAUGAGAAGCUGAGAAACCGAAACUCGUCUCUGUUUAUCAUCUCUUAAGCUCUCUGUAUUUUCAGGUGCAGACCAUAGUAAGUAGUGUAUAUAGCAAAACUGUAAUAAGCUUUUAGCUCUGUCUCGCGUUUCAUUCAUUCCAACGAGUCUGACAAACAAAAGCAAAGUGUUUAACUUGCAAUGAAUUUGGUUUUCUAUA